AGGCCCCUUUGGCAUAGGCUUGGCUGGCCCGGACUAGGACCGGCCCAAUAUUGCACCUCAGUAGUCCGCUUGAAGGAGUCUCGCUUUUUACAUACUGUGACCUUUUUAUGGGUUUUUAGAGUAGGGCUACUCAAGAGUUGAAGGAACCACUACUACUCCUCUUCUAGUGGAAGUAAAACUGAGGCAUUGCUGGGUUAUCUUCAUGCUUACCAACUAAUCUCAUCUUUCGAUCUUUUCACUGUAUUCUUCAUUAUCUUGAUUAUUCUUCAUCGCCAUUUUCCGGUAUGGCCAUCAACAUUUGAAGCUUUUGUGGGGCAAAGAAGACAACCAAAAAUGCCUUGCUUUGUGUGCGGCAGCAGUGACAACACUUACCUGAGCCCUCACUACGGGUUUAACCCUGUCAUGUCCAACACUAGCACCGGAGGCCUGUGCAGCAGCUGCAAAGAUGGGGCAAACAAGUUGAUGGACUUCCUCCAAGAGCUUGAUAAAAACCCAGAAAAACCACCUCUUGUUACUCUCCCGCCUAAGGGGCUUUCCUCGGCUUUGUGUUGGUUGAAGGUACUUAAGGAAAAAUGGGAUCAUUCUAAUGAAAGACUUGGGUUUUUGGAGGAUAUAAGUUUUGCUUUUGAAAAUAGGAUUCACACCGAUAUUUCAUUGAAGCCUGACGAUGGCCCUGCUAUAUUUGCACACAAGGCAGUCCUGGCAUCUAGAUCUCCCAUUUUCAAAACGAUGUUGGAAGCUGAUGGAUGUAAAGCACCACCUACGGAGGUUAUCUCUCUACCUGGUAUUAGCUCCCAAGAGCUCAAAUCAUUGCUAAGAUUCCUUUAUAGAGGUACAUUGCCUGAUGAGGAGUUCCAUAAACAUGCACAUGCACUUUUGGUUGCUUCAGAUAAAUAUGAUAUCCCUUUCCUUAGGAAGAAAUGUGAGCUUCAAAUCCUUGGAACUCUUGAACCAUCAAACGUCUUUGAAGUUCUCAAGCUCUCACAGAAAUGCUCGAGUGAAACCCUUAAAAAUAAAGCCUUGGAAACCAUUGUCAUGUACCAUGAGGAGAUACUCAGCUCUAAGGAAUAUGUUGAGUUCGGUCACUCGAAUGCAGGCCUUGUAUUGGAAAUCAGCUGGGCACUAUCCAAGAAACUUAGCCAUACAACAGUUGGAUGAUGAUACGGCUACCUUGACACCCGUUAUGCUUUCCUCGUCUAUAUUGCUUUCAUAGGUCUCACUUUUAUGUACAUAUUUCUCAUGGGCUCUACGACAUUUUAGUUAGUAACGAAUGCAUGUUCUGUCACUACAUGACACAAACAUGUAAGGAGGUUACAUAGUAAUUUUGUGCAUCUUUGAAGUUCAUGGGAGGGUUAUCUACGUAUUACAUGAGCAAGAUGAUCCCGAGUAAUUGUGGUUUUCCGCUUUUGUGAAUAUGUGAGUUAUUUGUGGAUUGAAACAGCUGAAAUGAGUGGAUGAAGAGAGGAGGGGAAAAAUAAAAAUUAGGAAAGAAAAUUAGA